UAGGAGGGGCCGAGGAGCAGCCCCAGCCAUGGACUGCUACACGGCCGACUGGAACCCCUUGGGGGACGAGGCCUACUACCGGAAACUGGACCUGUACUCCAUGGCUUGGGACAUCAAGGAAGCCGGCCUGCGAGAUUGUUUGGUAGCUGCUGCCCCUUACGGGGGACCCAUCGCAUUGCUGAAACCCAAGAAAGAGAAAUCGCCCAGUUCCCGGCCAGUGCUACACAUCUAUUCUGCUUCGGGGGUUCACUGGGCUAGUACUCUGUGGAAGAACUGCCCAGCGGUGCAUCUCGGCUGGACGGCCAGCGAAGAUCUCCUCUGCAUUCAGGAAGAUGGCUCCGUUCUCAUCUAUAGCAUCUUCUGCGAGUUCAAGCGCUGCUUCCGAAUGGGCAAUGAGGUGUUGCAGAACCAUGUGGUGGAAGCCAAAGUCUUUCAUACGGAGUACGGGACCGGUGUGGCUAUCCUCACAGGAGCCAACCGCUUCAUCCUGGCAACAAACGUUGAUGACCUGAAACUCCGCAGGAUGCCCGAGGUGCCAGGCCUUCAGAAGCCCCCCUCCUGCUGGGCUGUCCUGUGCCAAGACAGAGUGACCGUCAUCCUCCUUGCAUCGGGCCAAGACUUGCUCCUCCUAGACAAUACAUCCUGCUCCCUGGUGACUCUGCCAGGGAUGAACCCCCAUGCCGGCUCCUACCUGCGCAUGGCUGUCUCUUUCAACUACCGCUACUUGUCUCUGUUCACCGACACCGGCUAUGUCUGGAUGGGGAUGUCCCACUUAAAGGAAAAACUGUACGACUUCACUUGCAAUCUGAGAACUCCUCCGAAGCAGAUGGUUUGGUGUACCCGGCCGCGAAGCAAGCAGCGUGCGGUGGUCUUGGCGUGGGAUCGGCUUCUCCUUGUGGCUGGGAAUGCCCAGAAGGGAAUUGAAUACCACCUAGAUGAGGAUUCGUACCUGGUGCCAGAGCUUGACGGAGUUCGGAUUUUCUCCUCUUCCACCCAUGAAUUUCUUCACGAGAUUCCAGAAUCCACCCAGGAGAUCUUCAAGAUCGCAUCCAUGGCGCCGGGAGCUUUGCUGCUAGAAGCCCAAAGGGAAUAUGAGAAAGAGAGCCAGAAGGCCGAUGAAUACUUGCGGGAAAUCAAGGAGCAGGACCUCUUGCCGGAGGCGGUCAGGAAAUGCAUAGAAGCAGCCAGCUGUGAACAGGACCCAGAAAUCCAAAAAGCUCUUCUUCGGGCGGCCUCCUUUGGGAAAUGCUUCAUCGACAAGUUCCCACCCGACAGCUUCGUGGAGACGUGUCGGGACCUGCGGGUGCUCAACGCCAUCCGGGAUUACCAGAUUGGGAUCCCCCUCAGUUUUGCCCAGUACAAACAGCUCACCAUCGAAGUUUUACUGGACAGGCUGGUUCUGCGGAGGCUGUACCCCAUCGCGAUCAAGAUCUGCGAAUAUCUGCGUCUGUCUGAGUUCCAGGGUAUUAGCCGGAUUCUGGCUCACUGGGCCUGUUACAAGGUUCAACAGAAGGACAAGUCAGAUGAAGAAGUGGCCUCCGCCAUCAAUCAGAAGUUGGGCGACACCCCGGGCAUCUCGUACUCAGAGAUUGCCGCCCGGGCAUAUGAGUGUGGCAGGACAGAGCUGGCUAUUAAGCUGCUGGAAUAUGAGCCCCGAUCCGGGAAGCAGGUCCCGCUGUUGCUGAAGAUGAAGAGGAGCACCUUAGCCCUGAGCAAAGCCAUCGAGAGCGGAGACACUGACCUGGUUUACACCGUUGUCUUGCACCUAAAGAACGAACUAAACCGUGGCGCCUUCUUCAUGACCUUGCAGAACCAACCUGUGGCUUUGAGCCUAUAUCGCCAGUUCUGCAAGCACCAAGAACUGGAUACGCUCAAAGACCUCUACAAUCAAGAUGACAACCACCAGGAACUCGGAAACUUCUUUGUCCGCUCCAGCUACACCAAUGAGCAGCGGAUCGAGGGGCGCGUGGCCAGCCUGGUGAAUGCCGUGGAUGAAUAUUACAAAGCCAAGAAUGAAUUUGCGGCAAAGGCCACCGAAGACCAGGUGAAGCUGCUCCGCAUACAGCACCGCAUGCAGAAGGAGGAAGACAAGCCAUACCUGGACUACUCCCUCCACGACACUGUCUACAACCUCAUCCUGGACAAGAACCACAAACGGGCCGAGCAGCUGUACCGCGACUUCAAGAUCUCCGACAAACGGUUCUGGUGGCUGAAGAUCAGCGCCCUGGCGGAGCGAGAAGACUGGGACGAGUUGGAGAAGUUCUCCAAGUCUAAGAAGUCACCCAUUGGCUAUAUGCCCUUCGUCGAGAUCUGCAUGAAGCACCACAACUGCUCUGAGGCCAAGAAGUAUACCCUCCGUGUUGCCCCAGAGCAGCGGGUCAAAGCCUUGAUCUUGGUGGGGGAUUUGGGACUGGCUGCCGAUGCGGCCAUCGAACACAAGAAUGAGAACGAGAUGAAUCUCGUCCUGUCCAAGUGCACCGCGGCCUCCGACUCCUCCGUCGCCAACAAGAUCAACUGCGCCAAGGCUCAGAUUCUAAAGAAAUAGUUUGUGCUGCGUCCUCGUCGACAUUUCCUGGGCCGGCUGAACCCUCCUGGCUCGUGGAAGAUUAGGGACCCCCACGUGGGAUGUUUGGCAGGUGGGAUGGAAGCCUAGAGGUGACCUGUUCUGAUCACAGCCUUGUCUGGUGCAGAGCCCAGCCUUUUCCCUUUUUUGCUUAUCAAGUGUUGAAAGGUGGUUGAAAAAGAGCAGGUGCCCUGUGCUGAGUUCGGGGGAGCUUUGACCUACCAGAGAUAUGCACACCCCAUUUGGUAUUUGUGUUGCUAAGAGAGCAUGGCGUGCAUGUGUUUUGGGGGGGGGGGAGCCACCUCAGGCAAGCUUCCUCUCUCCUCCAAGCAUUUUUGGGCAUGAUAUUCAUGUCCCUCCACUUCCAAGACCCUCAGACAGCCACAGCUGGCUCAUUCAUUGCCCUUGCAACUCUCUUCUAUCCCAGACAUGGGGCAGCCAUCUGGUCCCCCAUCUAAAGUGCUUCAUUGUCCAAAACCUUUGCAAAAUCAGAUCUGGGGAAGUAACCGCAUCCCACUGUCAAAGCAAAAGAGGGGUUCGCUGUGACCAACAGCCAGAAGAUGGGUGGCGCUUGUAAGGGCUGGAAAGAGGCUGGGCGUGCGGUGGGAAGGCCGGAUCCUUGUGCAGCUAACUGGAAAGGCCUUGGCUAUGAACUUGGGGGGGGGGGGGCGGGAGGGCACCCUCUUUGGUUUCUGGGUCCAGGCUGAACCUGGGAGAGACUGGGAUAUUUUUGUUUUGUUUUUGGUUAACUUGUAAAGAAAUUGCAUAAGGAAAUAAAGAGACCCUAUUGGCA